UAGUUGUUUUCCGGAAUUAUUUAUGUGAAACACACUUUAUAUCUGCCACUGCAAAUAGCAAAGGAUUUCACUACGCACCCAUUCGCUACUGCCUUAGACUAAUAACAACUGCGGCACCCAGCUAUUUAUGAGAUCAACCAACUUUGGCUGAAAUGAAUUUUCUACGUAACCGUCUUGUUGUGCUGGGCCUGGUGUUGCUGGCCACUGUUCUGUUGUACCUGCUACUGCCGUCCAUUCGUCAGGGCAGCAUGGAGCCUUCGCUGGAUGUCCAGAGGAUGGGCCUGGUGGCUGUCUCUCCUCCUCCGCCUCCUGCCAUCAACGUGUCCGUCCGCACAGGGCAGCUACCCGGGGACCCUCCACUCUUCUUCAGGGAAGCUUUGCCAGUCGAUGGAUCUGGUAGGCAGAUACUGCCCAGGCUGCAAGUGGUCCUUCUCCAUGGCCAAGCUUUCUCUUCCAAAACCUGGGAGGAACUGGGCACCCUGGCCUUACUGGCCACAAACGGAUACCAGGCCUUGGCUGUGGACCUACCAGGAUUUGGGAACUCUCCAGACUCGGAUGCUGUGAAGACAGACCAGCAUCGGGUGGACCUUCUGGGGAGGUUUAUGGAGGCUUUGGGCGUGAGGACAGCGGUGCUGCUCAGCCCCUCUAUGAGCGGCCACUACUCCAUCCCCUUCCUUAUGAAACACAGUGCCCAGCUGCACGGCUUCAUCCCCAUAGCCCCAGUAGGAACCCGCAGCUACACCCCUCAGCAGUACCAGAGCAUCCAGACUCCUACUCUGAUUGUGUUUGGAGCACUGGACACCAACCUGGGGGCCCAGUCCCACAAGAAUCUCAUGCAGCUUCCACACCACUCAGUCCUGAAGAUGGAGGGGGCGCGCCAUGCCUGCUACAUGGACAAACCUUGGGAGUUCCACCAAGCACUGUUGGACUUUCUCAGCAAACUGGAGUGAGAGGGGGAGGAGGAAGAUAGAGGGAAGGAAAAAAGAGAUAAACAGGGUUGUGUUUGCGUGGAAGUGGAGAAAUUAUACACAAAUAAGAAAAAGGGAAGGUAGUCCUCUGGGAUAAUAGGGCAAAGGCUGCUUUUGAUAUUACAAAUUACCCCAGGCCCCCUAGUUAUCCUGGUAGAGUGGCUUACUCCAGGCCCCUAGCCACCCUGGUAGAGUGGCUAACUCCAGGCCCCUAGCCACCCUGGUAGAGUGGCUUACUCCAGGCCCCUAGCCACCCUGGUAGAGUGGCUUACUCCAGGACCCUAGCCACCCUGGUAGAGUGGCUAACUCCAGGCCCCUAGCCACCCUGGUAGAGUGGCUAACUCCAGGCCCCUAGCCACCCUGGUAGAGGUGCUUACUCCAGGCCCCUAGCCACCCUGGUAGAGGUGCUUACUCCAGGCCCCUAGCCACCCUGGUAGAGUGGCUUACUCCAGGCCCCUAGCCACCCUGGUAGAGUGGCUUACUCCAGGCCCCUAGCCACCCUGGUAGAGUGGCUUACUCCAGGUCCCUAGCCACCCUGGUAGAGUGGCUUCCAUUGCGAUGCUUUUGUUGACAUCCCAUCAAAUCGAGAGCAACUCUAAAAGAAGUUUACUCUUUGAGUUGAGCAUGUAGAACAGAAUAUAUGCAAAUUCAAAGACUAGAAGCAAAGACUUGUUUUUUUCUACAGGCAUCAUUAUUGGUUCCAUGAUGAAGAUCAACAUCAGUUAGUUGAGAUGAGGAUGAAGAGGUUAAAGGAGAUCUAAGGUGAUAGUACCAGGGUUGUAUUCAUUCGUGCACACUGUAGCAAAGUGUUUUGUAACGGAAAACAAAGUUCAGGUAGUCCCUUCCUGUUUCAUCCCUUUUGCUUCUGUUUGGUUCAUAGUGAAUACGAACGACCCUGUUUAGAGAAAUUACCUGUGAAAAUUGUGAGAUCAGUUUAAAAUACAAUCUCUUGUGUGUUUUUUUUGUUGAGACAGAAUCGAUGGUUGCCAAUUCACAACUGUAUCUCAUGGUACAGAAACUUGGAUAAAGACUAACAAUAACAUUAAGAUAUUUAUUUAUAGACUUCAGCUCCCUGUUAAAGCAUGUUCACGUUCAUUCUGAAUUUCUUGCUGAAGUGUGUGUGUGUGUGUGUGUGUGUGUGUGUGUGUGUGUGGGGGGGGUCCAACGAUGAUUAAGGUAUUUACUAAAUGAGAAAGCUGUUGCAACCAGAAAAGUACACUCUGUUACAUUUCUAUGUUAUGAGGAUGACCACUAUUUUAAGUUAUGAGUUUGUACAUAUUAGAUGAUUUUGUUUCAUCGGACAACAAGUUAAAGCCUCAAGUUAAAUGGCUUAAACAAUCAUGAAAGGUAUUUUGAGUUGUGCUGUUAUUGCGCUUAAGUUCCUUUAAUAAAGACUGCAUAGAAUAUGUUCUGUA